AUGUCGCGCUCCUCGUCACCACCAUCUCCACUGCACGACGAUGAAAAGCCCGGAGCCUUACCACAAUUCCAACUCGAAAAUGAGGAUUCCAACACGACCUCAGACUCUGGUCGCCUCCAUGCCCUCGAACAACUAGAAAUCCUCCCCCAAAUGCUCCAAGAGGGCAUUCUCUUCGCCGGCUCCGGCGCAGCCCUGCUCCUCCAAGCAGCCCUGCCCGCAAUCCGCGAAGAAGAAGUCAAAGAAAGCCCCAAGGACCUCGCAACAGAACUCCUCGACGCCCUCCAAGCACACCUCAGCUACAUCUCCGUCCUAGUCUUCGGCACCCGCGCAGAGCGCAAGAUCCUUCUUGAGCUACUCCAGCGCGGCGAAGCACCAGGUCUCGGCGGCGGAAACAACAACCGCUUCGCGCACCACCCUGCCCUGCAGCGCUGGAUGGCUGCAACACUCUAUGCCACUGCAACAGACUUCUACCAGCGCGUCUAUGGCCGUGUCGACUAUGACACCGCUCAGCGUGGGUAUGCGGAGUUCACCAUGCUGAUGAACUGCCUCGGGAUGCCGGCGGGUACAUGGCCCGAAUCGAGACAGGCAUUCUGGUCUUUCUGGGAUGAUCAGGUUGGACAGCUGACUGUUUCGGCGGACGCCGCCCAGUUUGCGAAGAGUUUGCGGGAGAGUACCGAUAUGCCUAAGUGGGUGCAGCGUAUUAAGCCCUUCUUGCGCGUCGUUACUAUUGAAAUGUUACCGCCCAAGCUGCGGGAUGCGUAUGGGCUGAAAUCCACUACGGGAACUCGUAUGCUGUACCGUACGUGGAUGGGAUUCUCCGUCGCUGUUUAUCCUGCUAUGCCAAACAAGAUGCGAGCCUAUCCUUUGCGAUACUACCAGGAUCGUCUGCGCGAGAAGCUGAACGUGGUUUGA